AGCAGAGGCCUUGGUCACGCCAGCGCUCGCGCCAUCGGCCUGGAGUGCGGCAGUUGCUGUGAGGCGCAUGGUGUUCCCCGCCAAGAGGCUCUGCGUGGUGCCGUCCAUGGAGGGCGUUCGCUGGGCCUUCUCCUGCGGCACCUGGCUGCCGAGUCGAGCCGAAUGGCUGCUGGCGGUGCGGUCGAUACAGCCCGAGGAGAAGGAGCGCAUCGGCCAGUUCGUGUUUGCCCGUGACGCCAAGGCGGCCAUGGCCGGUCGUUUGAUGAUAAGGAAAUUAGUUGCAGAGAAAUUGAAUAUCCCUUGGGAUCAUAUUCGUCUGCAAAGAACUUCAAAAGGAAAGCCGGUUCUUGCAAAAGACUCUUUGAAUCCCUAUCCCAAUUUCAACUUUAAUAUCUCUCAUCAAGGGGACUUUGCAGUUCUUGCUGCAGAACCUGAGUUACAAGUUGGCAUUGAUAUAAUGAAGACUAGUUUCCCAGGUCGUGGUUCUAUUCCAGAAUUCUUUCAUAUUAUGAAAAGAAAGUUUACCAACAAGGAGUGGGAAACAAUCAGAAGUUUUAGUAAUGAAUGGACUCAGCUGGAUAUGUUUUACCGGCACUGGGCACUAAAAGAAAGCUUCAUAAAAGCUAUUGGUGUUGGAUUGGGAUUUGAAAUGCAGAGGCUUGAAUUUGAUAUAUCUCCAUUAAACUUGGAUAUAGGCCAGGUUUAUAAGGAAACACGUUUGUUCUUGGAUGGGGAAGAAGAAAAAGAAUGGGCUUUUGAGGAAAGUAAAAUAGAUGAGCACCAUUUUGUUGCAGUGGCUGUUAGGAAACCUGAUGGAUCUAGACAACAGAAUAGCUCAUAUCAAGAUGAUUCUAAACCAUCCCAGAGGCAGUUUACCAUUCUUAACUUUAAUGAUUUGAUAGCAUCUGCUAUUCCUAUGACACCUGAGGAUCCUUCAUUUUGGGACUGUUUCUGCUUUACAGAAGAAAUUCUAGUACGAAAUGGUACUAAGUCGUGAUAGGUUCCCUGAGUAAGUGUCUGGGGGGGUGAAAAUGGCAAUCUGUGUUCAUUAAAAUAAAGUGCUAGAUAUGGUCAGAUUUUAUUAAAACAUUUUUAAAGACCCAAAAGCUUUUUUAAGAGCAGAUUUCCAGUUCAGUGGCUUCUUUGAAUAUGUUUACAUCUUCCUUUCCAGAACUCUAAUUGAUAGAAAUGAUGACAGAAUUUUCCAAUGAUAAAUGUGUUUUAUAGAAAGAAAACAGUAAAGUGUAAACAUGCUGAAGUCAAGCAUUUUUAGAGAAUUACCCUAAAAUGAGUUAUUGUUCCAGAAACUAUUAUUUAAAUAAAUUCUAUAUUAACUUUUUAAAAAGUGAUAACAUGUUUUGUAGUUUUAAGAGAAUACAUCUGCUCUUCGUAACUAUUGUUGCUGCAUAAAUUUGAUUCUAAAAUAUUGUCUUCUGUGAUAUCUGUGUGGCAUUAAGUUGUCAUUAGUGUUACAGUACUAAUUUUGCCUUAGCUGCAGUAACAGAAACUGCUGCUGGAGCUUCCAGGUUUAUUUUUUAUAAAGUUGUGACAUUUGUUUUAUUAAAGAUGAAUAACCCCCCCCAAAGAUUUCAUCAAUCAAAUGUGUUUGACAUAUUUUACCACUAUUAAAAGGAAAAGCUAAGGCUGGCUUGGGAGAAUUUCAUUGAGGUAACACUACUGGGCUUAAGGAAGAUGUACCAUACUGUAUUAAUUUUCCUCUUAGAGGUUUUAAUUGUAUCAUUAGUGUAAAUGGUAGUGCAGUGAAAGCUCUGGCAUUUUCUGUGACAUGCUUAAUUGUGUCUUGCAGAUAGGUUUUAGAAAUGGAAUGAUUGAUUCAAAGGAUUUAAACAUAUUGUUGAUAUGCGUUAUUAUAGUGCCCUUGAAAAAUUGCAGUUUAUACUUCAGUUAGUUGUGUAUGCGUACCACAUCUGUAUACCCUCUGAUCAUCUGUAGAUAUUGCCUCAAUUUUAUUUUCUGAAGAUUGGAUGGGUUUUUUUGUUUUUUUAUUCUUUCGUUUUGUUGGUCUGGAUAACUGAAAUUGAUACCAUAUUUUAAGUUUGCAUUUAUGUCAUUACAAAUGAGGUUGAUAUGCUAUCGUUACUUGUUAUUUGUUUUUUUUUAUGAACCUCUUGUUUAUCUUCAUCUGUUUUUACUUACUAAAUAAACUUAAAGUGUGAACAUAUUAAGAUGCCAAGACCAUCAUAUUGAUGAGAGAAUCUACUAUAUGAUUAUAGUGCAUGUCUUCAGGAAUUAGUCUUAUUACUGUUAAAUAUUAAGAAAUAGAACAAUGUUGUUGUUUUUAUUACUAACAUUAAAAAUUGUGUAAGUUGUAUAAAAUUAUUCAGUAAAAGUAUUUUAUACUUUUUAUUUUAUUGAGCAUGCCUAAUUUUACAAAACAUAGAAAACCUUGUAGCAUUUCUAAUAGAUGAAAUAUUGUUAACUCCUGCAUGAGUAUAAUACUGAAAUGAAAAAUCAUUUGUCUUAUUAGAAUAAAAUGGCUUGAUAGUG